AUUCAUAUAUAUAUCAAGCAACAUAGUGGUCCCUACUAGGCUAAUAUAUUGAUGGAUGUAUAGUGAUUAGUAGUAUGUCAUAUAUAUCCAUGCAUCACCAUCUAUUGAGCGCGGAUUUAUUGCGGAUGUUCCUUGAACAUACGACCGAUCCAAACACCUGUACCUUGGGCCGAAUAGGAAAACACAACAUCGUGAUCGCCUGCCUGCCUGGAGGACAAUACGGAACCUGUGCAGCUACAAUAGUGGCAAAUCAUAUGAUCCGUACAUUUUCAAAAUCGCUACGGAUCGGGUUGAUGGUCGAUGUUAGAGGGAUUUCGUCCGCUGACCAUUAUAUACAACUUGGCGAUAUUGUGAUCAGCUGCCCAGCGGAUACUUGCGGAAGCGUGAUUCAAUAUAAUAUAGGGAAGGUCAAUGAAAGUGGUGAGUUUCGUCGAACUGGUGCUUUGGACAGUCCUCCCAGAUCAUUAUUGACAGCAGUCAACACCAUGAGGGCUGCCGGGCUGACUGAUGACCCCCGUUACCCCGAAUACCUCCAAAAUGCGAUUGGGAGGACUCCACGGACCCAGAAAAACUUUGGUCGACCUAGUCCGCAAAGCGAUCGAUUAUUCAAAACCAAGCAUGAACAUCCUGCUCCUGGGAACAACUGUGAUAUAUGUCUGGCUGGGCAGGAGGAGAGUAGGGCUGAACGCGAGGAUAAUGAUCCGAAAGCACAUUAUGAUUCGUUUGAAGACCGGGGCACUGUGUUUUGAAAUGGAGGCAACUGGGUUGAUGUUGGACAUUCCCUGCAUUGUAAUCCGUGGCAUCUGCGAUUAAGCUGAUUCCCACAAGAGCAAGCAGUGGCAAGGAUAUGCUGCCAUGGCAGCAGCAUCAUAUGC